CAUCAAAAUGGUGGAUCGAACGGGCGGGGUUAGACUCUAAGGAAUACAAAAGAAAGUGAAGUGUGGACAAUUGUGUAAUCAGUGACGCAUCGAUCUAUAAUUGGUCGAUAAUUAAUCGAUGAAAAUGGAGUUACACAUGAAGUUGCGUUUUCAGACUAUAGUAGUGUUAUGUUUUGUUGUUUUGUCGACAGCUAAUGAAAAUUAUGAGAAUAAAUUGACCAAACUUUGGUCUUUGUCAAGUGCUUCCAGCGGAGAUGGAUCGGCUGUAGUCAAUGUAACGAGCGCAUCUAUUGUAAUCCAGCCGACUGUUUAUAGCAGCAACCAAGUCCCACAGCGGCAAUCUAGGAUAUCCAAAUACGCUUUCAAGCCUCGCGCUAUACCUCUACAGAGAAGCGAGCAACCUUCCCAAGUUGAAAGAAGCGUUUACUAUUCACAUAAUAAUGUGAAUAAAUAUAAAACAGAAACGCUUUUCCCCGGUAAUUAUUUCCCAAUUGCCAAAGAGAAAAGCGAUAAGAAUUUAUCACAAGACCUCCCAUAUAAACCAAUUGACAGUGAACCAUUCCAUCCAAAGGUGAUACCCUUGAUCAGGAGUCAGGAGUUCCAAAGGAGAUCAUUGGACAUUGAUGAAGAGCCAAUUAUAGAAAAGCCCGAAGGAUUUUCAGAAGCAACUGCCUCCAGAAGAUCUAUAUCAUAUGCGCUGGGUCUCGAAGAUUCAGCCGAAUUGGAAGAAGAUGAAGAUGAAGACGACAUCUUAGAAGACGAAGUGGAGCGCAAGAAGGGAAUUAAGAAACCAAAAUAUAAAAAGAAAAAAUUGAAGAAAUACGUUCUCCCAUUGCUUUUGGCUUACAAAUUGAAGUUUUUUGCUUUGAUACCAGUUAUGAUUGGUGGUUUAAUUUUGUUGGUAGGAGCUACUGGGUUGGCUGGCUUCUUCUUUGCUCUGUUUGCAGCCGUUAUGGGACUGCAGAAAGGAGGCUACUAACAAUUUAAACAUUAACAAAUUAAAUAAAGUCGACGUACUAAUUGUUGCCAUUCAUAUUGUGUUAAUUGCUAAAUUAUCUAAAAUCUAUAUCAUAUACUAGUGUUCUGAAAUGAUUCCAGAUUACCACCGAAACUUAAUAAUCUAGUUUUCGUUUCUAUAAUUGCUAAGAUUUUUUUAUUUCCAAUUUGUUUUGUGAUUA